AAUGCCACUUUUUAGCUGGGUGAAAUGGCCAAGAAAUUAUUCCUACAAACAAACAUGCUACGCUGGCUCUGAGGUAGUGACAAAGACUCUGCUUCGGGAGUUAAAAUGGCAUUUGAAGGAGCGCGAGAGAUUAAUACAUGAGAUCGAAAAUGAACAAAAAGUGAAAAAGACAGGCGUGGACUACAACUGGCUGAGAAGCUACCAGACUUCUCACACAGCAAUCCCAGCUACGGAACAAAGACAACUGGAAGCUCUGUGCUCACAAGUACAACCCUGUCAAGCCGGAACCAUUCUCAGCAGAUUUCGAGAACUUUUGGCAGAAAACGAUGUACUUCCCUGGGAAAUUGUCUACAUCUUCAAGCAAGUUCUGAAAGACUUUCUCAGCAGUCCUGCCAGAGGGGGUCACCAUGCUGGCCUAUGGGACUCUGACAUCACCGGUCCCCCUACCCCUGCGCUCCCAGGUGAAAGCUCUGAGAGGCCAGACAAAGAGGAGAUACCCACGAUUUCAAGCUAUGUAGACAAACAUGCCAUGACCAGGUUUCCCCCCUGUUCACACAGAGUAUGGAACCUGCCAUACUAUUACCCACCAAGCUGAGGAAUUAGCAAGACCGUCUCAGAGUCACCCUUAGCACGGAGAACAAACAGUGGCAUGACUCCAUGUGUCUUGGCUACAACGUCAGGGUUUACUCAAAAUUCCUGUACUGCCAACUUCUCUAAGCAGC